AUGACACUACCCUACUAUUGGGCACCUUAUAGUGUACGACUUGUGAAUGGUCCAUCGCCCCGUGAAGGAAGAGUAGAGAUUUGGUACAAUGACCAAUGGAACACUAUCUGUGAUGAUAACUGGAACUAUGAUGAAGCAGAGAUUGUUUGUCGUCAGCUUGGCUAUGGCACUGAUAAUGUAACACCAAGGAGUUUAGCCUACUAUGGUGAAGGAUCCGGACCGAUUCAACGAGUCGAGUGCUGGGGUUGGGAGGAUAGCUGGGAAUCCUGUACUUUGUCUUCAGGGAAUUCCUCGUGUGGCCAUUAUGAGGAUGCAGGAGUAAGAUGCGGGAUUGACAUUUCCACAACGACCGUAGAUCCAUUCCAAUGGCUAACGACAACCACAAGCUACUACGAUGGGAUCUAUGAUGUACGUCUCGUGAACGGUCCAUCGCCCAGUGAAGGAAGAGUAGAGAUUUUAUACAAUGGCCAAUGGAACACUAUCUGUGAUGAUUACUGGAAUCCUGAAACAGCGGCGGUUGUAUGUCGUCAGCUUGGCUAUAGCACCGAUAAUGUCGUGGCAAGGAGUUCAGCCUUCUAUGGUCAAGGAUCAGGAUCGAUUCAACAAGUCCAGUGCUCUGGUUGGGAGUAUACCUUGGCGUCCUGUACUCUGUCUUCAGGGGAUUCUAUAUGUGGCCAUUUUGAGGAUGCAGGAGUAAGAUGCGGUUACACAACAAUAUCAGGAACAUCAGGAGCAUCUCCUCGGGUAAUCGGAUCGAUGUCAUUCGUCGGAGUGUCCUUGUUUCUCCUAACCAUCAUCGCUAUAGUUGCUGUUGUGUUCGUGUGCAAUCAACAGAAGGCUUCUCCUUCGGCAGCUAUGGGAGUUCAGUUAUCUUCUCUUACCACUCAACCUGCACCUCAACCAGCAUCAACCACGCCCAUGCCUGCACCCGUCUGUGUCGAUGUACCUGUUUAGAGGGUGGACGGAAACCCAAGUCAGUUUGUUAGAAUCCACCUGUCAUUCUUUAGGUGUGCCUCACUCGGAUCGACCUCACAUUCUACUUUCUUUUUUUCUUAAUCCAUGCUAUCCAUUUCCUAUAUCUUCAUCUGCAUCCACCUCUUCUUCCUUUUCUUCGUGUUAUUAUUAGUAGUAGUAGUAGUAAUAGUAGUAGU